GUGAUCCUGGAGCGCUAUCCCAAGGAGAAAAUAUUGCCGGUAAUGAACAAGGUCAAAUUCCUUGUUCCGGAAGACCUCACUAUGGGCCAGUUUGUCUCGAUUAUCCGAAACAGAAUGUCCAUUGGCUCCACACAAGCCUUCUACUUCCUGGCUGAUAAUAACCGCAGUAUGGUUAACAUGUCAGCCACCAUGUCUGAAGUGUACUCGAGGUACAAAGACGAAGACGGCUUCCUGUACAUGACCUACGCCUCGCAGGAGACGUUUGGCUGA